CCAACAGUGACUGUGCCCAGCUCCAUACAGGCCCAGGGAGAGGGGUCUCAGGGGAAACUCAGCCAUUAUCACAGCAUAUUAUUAGAGACUAUUACACCACUACUACUAUGUACCAUUUAAAAUACAUUUAGAAAUAUUUAACUAUAGAGCUGAAAGGCUAGGUAGUGUAAACUUCUCUUUUUUUGCUUUGAAGUAAUUUGCUAUAAUUGCCAAAGGAAGCAAUGGACUGUUUGGAUAUUUUGCAGUACUAUAAAGGGUCAACUGAUACAAGUCAUACUAUAGAUUCCAUAGUGUAAGUUAAUUUAAUAUUUUGUGUGUCUUUUUAUGUAUUUUGAGUGUUUUUAGGUUUUAAUCUUAAAGCAAUUUGUUAAAGUUUUUAACCCUGCCAAACAUGAUUAGUUGGUGUUUGUGUUGUUUGUUGGGCAAAUCUUUGGCGAUACAGACUCUGACAGUGAGCCAGAGACAGCUAUAAAGAGGAGAUGCCACAAUGUCCUCCCUUUUCCAGUACCACCUAUUCCUUCCCCUACUCCUGACAAUGAAGCUUGCCAGACUACUGCUAGACCUCUCCUAGACCAGAGGCAGACGGAAUCUUAUUUUACUGUGCCUCAAGUUGCAACACGUGUCUCUCACACACCAUCAAGCUCUAUGGGCCAGAUCUCUGCCACGCCUCUGCCAGAUGAGCAUUUCUUUAGGCCCACAUUUAGACUGGGGAAGACAGGCACUGGACCAAUUCCAUGCUCUGCUGCUCAGCUGCACAUCCUAACUUUAUUGGAACAUGUGAAGGAACAGCAAAUGGCGAUUGCUGCUGCUGUGAACAAUCUUGCUUCAAGACUGGGGACAGAGGCUCCUGUGGCUGAAAAGCCUAAAGACAUCAGUAUCCCCCUGACCACUGUGCCUGAAGUUGAGGAGUUUGAGGAAUGGCUUAAAGACUCAAGAAAUUCACAAGCUAAACAAAACAUGAUAUCUGCUCUGGGUGCUGUUGGAGGUCAAAACACCAAAAGAGUGACAUGGAACAUACUUUCAAGGCUUUACUCAGAUGCAGUAGCCAAACAAAUAAACUGGAAAGGAGUCAAUGGGAAGAAGUGCUUUAAGGAAAUGCUCACAAGAAGUUUGUUGAUCAGGGCUAUAAGAAAGAACCAGUCUUCGACCAAUGCAGCAGACAGUGAGAUAGAUUCUUAUGCCAUCCGUUGGUUCAAUCUUGCUCCUGACCGUGGCGGUGGCCGGAAAGAGCGUUCAAGAGUCAAAGAGGCGUUAACUGAGAUGGCCCGUGGGAAUUAAAUUGUUUGACUGCUCUAUCUGAUUGUGUUUUUAGUUCAUUGGGAUAAAUCUGUUAUUAUUAGUAUUCUCUGUUUUGCUCUGACCACAUUGUUUGGACUCGGGGGACCAACUCCUGUAGUUGCACAGUUAAAAAAAAUAGUAAAUAAAUAAAUAAAUGAAUUUAUUUGCAUUGUU